UACAAUGAGAAUCACCAGAUGAACGGUUGUCCUGGUUCUAGAGAGCUGAGAAACUAGUCAUGAAAUGGUGGAAAACGCACACAGCAGAUUGCAGUUAAAAGACGAGGGAAGGAAGAGACGCGGGAGAUUUCAAAUUUCCAAGACCCCACGAACUCCCUGAGAAAAACGGGAGAUGGAUUCCUCCGUCUCCUCCAUCCCUCCUCACGUGCGCGAUCACGUGCUGGAGUUCCUCAUCUUCUCUUCCAUGCAACUGCGUCUAGCACCGAUCGUGAAAUACACAGCAUUAUCGCUCUUCUCCGAUCGAUUCUUCCCAUCUCUGCAAAGCAAUAGGAAAACCAGGUUUCUACAGGAUAAUGACUCAGGAAAUUGGCUUCUGCAACCUUUGAGAGAGAGCAAUUUGCAGCUUUUUGCACUAAUUUCUAUAUGGAUCUCAAGUAAAAUGCACAAUACUUGUCCUCUAUCUGUAAAAAGUUUGAAGUCUUUGGGUGACGAGAUUAUUAAGGACCAGCAUUUUACCACACGAGAUUUUGCAGAAGCGGAGCUGGUCUUCCUGAAGGUGUUGAGGUUUGAGAUUGGAGCUUCAAAUAUUGCUUUUGUCUUCUUGGAAGAGCUUCUAAUUCAAUUCAGGGCCGUUGCAAAGGUGGGGGAUAUUCUGAACUUUGAUGUUUGCAUGGAUAUCAUGGAUCUCCUCUAUGAAACAGAAGAGACAUUGAUUCUUUAUACCACUCCUCGUUCUCUUGCUGCGUCUAUUCUGGUUGUUUCAUAUCUUGUCACAGUCCCUAAGCAACAGUGGGAGUUUCCUCUCCUCCCUUGGGGUAAGAUUCCAUCCAUCAGAUUGCUCAUUAGCUAUGUUUACUUGAUGGGUCUUUUGAUUGGCAUGCAAUCAAAUGGAGUGAUCACAUCAUUUAAAUGUACAGCGAUUACCAUGCAUUCAAGCUGGGCGGGGCACACUGUGAUGUGUGACUGAUCUGUAACUUCGGGGGACAACACCAACUAGAACAAUGGGGGACAUUGGGGAGGGAGAAGCUCACCAUAGAAACUUUCAGAUGGAAUGUGGGGUCCACCAUGUUGUUCAUAUGUCAUCCAAUCUUGGCGUCACGUCCCCUCCGUCAGAAUUAAGGGAUACACCAAAACUCAAGCCAUCUCAAAAUUUAGGUGGGCCAGAACAAGUGAAUAUAUAGGUUCUGACCAUGAUUGUACAUUGCUCACUGUGGUGUGGCCCACCUGAGUUUGAGGUAGUGAUGAGGUGCACUAGAUGCUGUUAGGACCUUACACCCUCAGGCAACCUGAAUGUGAACCACCGCUGAUCUUACAGGUGGCAAUUGGUCGGUCAACCUGUCGAUCAACUGGCCCAAUUGGCUUCUAAAGCUGGCUUGGGCCAAGCAAAAUGGGUAGCGGGUCAAGCUUGGGUUAGAAAAUAUGCAUGUUUAAAUAAUGGACCCUUAACCAACCCUAUCUGUCCAUAUAGCUUAUCAAGGUAGGCUAGAUUACUCAGCCCAAAACCCAGAAAAGAUUAAUGGACAACACACACACACACAUGAUGCAUGCAUUUUUAUUUAUAUCCACUAAUUGGGUAGGGCUGGGUGUAGCUUUUGCCCCAUAUUCAAUUCGUAAACUCGUGUGUGUUGUGCCUAGUUGGGUCGGGUUGGGUCGGGCUUGGGCUUGAUAAAUUUAAGUGGGUUGGAAUGGGCCGCAGUUCAAUGGGUCACUGCAUCAUUUAUUACCAUCACUGUUCUAAUACUACAUCAAGUUCAGUUGAUUUCCCUGAAUUUUGUCUUGAGUCACCACGCACCCUGCUGUUGAACCAAUUUAAAACAGGAAAAGAUAUGUUCAUUCAAGAUUCUUUUAGAAGAUAGGCAUUUUCUUGUA